AUGGCUGGUGCGAACAAUGACAUUGCAGUUUUAAUGUCCUCGAAUCUUUUCGAUGAUGUCAUAGACGGGGUUGCACCAGAUACUUCAUUCUAUGCAAACGACGUGGAGUAUAAGUAUGGCUACUAUCUCACAGACGGUAUUUAUCCUGAGUGGGCGACGUUGGUAAAAACUCUUUCGUGUCCAGAUGACGAAAAAAGAUUGUAUUUCAAGAAAAAACAAGAGUCAGCAAGAAAAGAUAUCGAACGGGCUUUCGGUGUGUUAAAAAAAAGAUGGUCUAUCAUCGCCCAGCCGUCGAGGAUACUUGGAAAAAGUAAAAUGAGAAACAUCAUGUAUACGUGUAUCAUUUUGCAUAACAUGAUAUUGGAGGACUCGGGUAGAGCGUUUUGUGGAGAAAGCUAUGAUGAAAGUAACCAACCAACGAACCCAAUACUAACAUACGUUGAGAAAGAAGCUAUCCGAGCUAAGAUACGGGCCAGGAACACACACCAUAACCUUCGAGCCGAUCGGACCGAGCACCUAUGGUUUUAUCGUGAACAAGGAGGAGUCGACGAAGACGACGAGUUACAAAUUAUUAGUUAUAAAUUUUCUAGUUAUAUUUUUUAA